GGGCUGGGGCGCUGCCUCCCCACCUGGCUGACUGCUGUCCCCGUCCUCGUGCCCCCCCAGGUGUCCCACCAGGCUGAGGAGUGCAUUGCCUUCAGGGCCCACCAGCAGUUCAAGGUGGGACUGAUCCAGCCCGCGUCCGUCACUGUCUACAGCUACUACAAGAUCGAUGACCGCUGCACCCGUUUCUACCACCCGGACAAGGAUGGUGGGCAACUGAAGAAGAUCUGCUACGGGGAUGUGUGCCGCUGCGCUGAAGAAAACUGCUUCGUGCAGCGGCAGCAGGACAGCCCCAUCACGGUCAACCAGCGCAUUGAGCGUGCCUGCGAGCCAGGGGUUGACUACGUGUACAAGGUGAAGCUGGUGGAAAUGGAGCAGACAGCAUCUCACGACAACUACAUCAUGACCAUCCUCUCCGUCAUCAAGAUGGGCACCGAUGAAGACCCAAGUGGAAGCAACCGGACCUUCGUGAGCCACCAGCAGUGCCGGGAUGCUCUGAAGCUCCAGCCUGGCCAGGACUAUUUGGUCUGGGGGCUGGCCUCUGACCUGUGGGUCACCGGCACUCGCUUCUCCUACCUCAUUGGCAAGGACACGUGGCUGGAGACGUGGCCGUCAGAGUUGGCCUGCCAGGACCCCGAGCUGCAGUCCCUCUGCCAGGACUUCGUUGAAUUCUCCGAGGCCAUGACUAUAUUUGGGUGCCCCUCCUGAGUGGGUGCCCCCCCCCCCAUGGGUGCCGCCACCCUCCUGUCCCCUGUUACUCUCUUUUUCGGGGGGGACAGUUAAAAAUGUCCUUUCUCACA